CAUACCCACUGACUAUGGCUCAUAACUUAAUUUGAAGGAUUUCGUUUAUUAUUAUGUAAUUAAUGAAAAUUGAUGAAUUGAAAAUGAGUUGAAAGGAAAUGAAAAAUGGAGAGUGUAAAGAAAAAAGUUGUGACCCCACCUAAAAACUACCUGGUUACAAGAGAUGAGAAUAAAAGAGAGGAAGAUGAGAGUAAAGUCUAUGUUCCAGUUGUUAAUAUAAAUUGUUAUUUAACAUGUGGUAUCUGUAAAGGAUAUCUGUAUGAAGCAUCCACCAUUACUGAUUGUAUGCAUACAUUUUGUAAGAGUUGUAUUGUUAAGUUUACAGAGAAGAAUGUUCAUUGUCCAACAUGUAAUAUAGUUAUACAUCCAACAGAACCUCUUAUUAAUAUCAAAUUAGAUAGAACAUUACAAGAUAUUUUAUAUAGUUUAUUACCUCAUGUAGCAGAAGAGGAACUUGAAAGAGAGAAAAAGUUUUAUGAAAUCCAUGGCAUUGAGAAAAAAUAUAUUCCAGCCUAUGUUACACCUUGUUUAAAAUCUCCUGUUAAAACAGAAGUUGAUCAUAAACACGAACAUAAAGCUGAGAUUAAACCACCUAUAUCUUUACUGUUAAAUUAUGGAGGGUGCUCAACAGGAAUUAUUUUAAAGGCAUUAGAAAAAAGAUUUAUACGUGUGACAGGGGCAGCUACAAUUUGUCAUGUUACCAAGUUUUUAAGAAAAAAACUCACUCUUACAGAUUCUCAUCAGGUAAAUCUAUACUGUAGUUGUGGUACUAGUAAUAUAUGUUUAGAUGGUUCUAGAACACUACAAGCUGUUAAAGAUUUAUAUUCAGAAAGUAAGGACAUUCUAGAAUUGGAGUAUCAUAUAUUACCAUCAUGUAUGGUAUAA